AUGGAGAUCGAAUCGGCAGGUUCAGCCUCCAGCCCGCAAGGAAAACAAGCUGCAUGCUUGAACUGUCGGCGGAGCAAGAUACGCUGCAACCGCCAGGCAGGCGAGUCCAGCUGCGAGAAAUGUAAACAGACCAGUGCGGAGUGUAUUGUGCCAAACCAUCAUCUGGGCCGACAGAAGGGUGUUAAAAAUAAACGCAAAGGUCUGGAGAAAGCGAUACAUCAGAUCGAGCAGGCAAUCAAGCGGCCCAAGGUCGACUCUAGUGACGAGGCCCAAAGAGCCGUUUCAGUCCUCCAGGACCUCCUUGGUCAAUUCCAGGGCCAGUUAAUGCAGAAUGACCAUGAGCAUGGACAUGAGCGUGGCUUUUCAGAGACAUCAGACCACCCGCGCAUGGCAUCUCCACGUGAUAUGCAUGCGGAGGAGAGUCUCGCUCUUGACGAUGCAGAGAAUCCUCUCCAGUUGCUUGCUAGAGCUUCGGAUCUUCAACUUUCGCCCACCGGCAUGCGGCGUGCGCCAAAGUCUCCAUUGCCAUUGUCGGAGGCUCCAUCGUUCCUUCAGAGCACCCCGACAGGAGAACCGAGUGCCAAGUCCUUUUUUGUUCCUGCGAGAGCAAACCUUGACGUUGGGCCUGAAGUUGACCCUAUUGAACUGGGCUUAGUUACAUUUGAUGAGUCGGAGUCCUUGUUCUCAUUUUUCUACCAAAACCUUGCACAUACACGAUGGGGUCUCGAUCCUUUGAUACACACCGCCUCGUUCGUACGGUCCCAGUCGGCUUUUCUUUUUACUUCGAUAAUGGCAGGCGCAGCCCUAUUUUUGCCAUCUGCUGCUGCUUUAUCUAAGAGACUAUCGAGGCACUGCGAAUGGCUCGCGAGGCGGGUGUUCACACACCGCUAUAGAUCUGUUGAGAUUGUUCUGGCUUUCAUGGUGAACGUUCCGUGGAUGUCCCCUGGUGAUAGACUAGGAGACGAUGAUACUUGCUCCUAUAUUGCCAUGGCUCUCACUGUUGCUCUAGACUUAUCUUUGAACAAGAUUGUCUCACCCUCUUCAAGCUUUGACCAAGAAGUUAUGAAUCGCCUAGCACGAGCAGAGUGUAUUGAUGCCAAGAGAGCUUUACAUAUGGAUGGAUUUGAUGAUAUUGAUCCGUCUUCAGAGUGGGGCCUCAGGCUGCUUCGAAGACGUGAAAGAGCCUGGAUUGCGUUGUAUGUCGUGGAGAGGGGUGUCUGUCUUGCGCGUGGACGAAGCUAUACGGUACCUCCAACAACGCUCAUCGAAAAUUGCGAUCGUUGGCACCUGUCCAAUAUCGCAGACCCGCGUGACGGUCCCAUGAAUUCCAUGGCAGUUCUUCGAAGGGACCUUGAUGGACUCUUUCAGAAAGUUAAAUCAAGCUGCGAUAGUUAUCGCUUUGUCGAUACUGGCUCGGAAGCUGCUCACUCGAUUAAGAGAACCAUUCAAACAUUCUACGAGCAGUGGUAUGCAACAUGGGCCUUGUCAAUUGGCGAAGGAGACACACGAUUCUUGCCUCCAUAUGUCGAGAUUCUGGUCACACAUACGCAGUUAUCCACCUACGGUGGUGUCAUCAAUCACCCAACAGCCCCAAUUGAAGUCAAACGUUUCUUCCGAGCCGCUGGUCUAUCAUCUGCAUUGAACGUCCUGCGAGCAGCCAUCCAAGGCGAAUCUCGACUAAAAUCAAUGCCAAAUAAUACAGUGAUAAUGAUCUCCUUUGCCGCAUGCUCUGCCCUCAGCCUCAGCGUAACACCCGGCGACAGCAGAUCCAGCCUGGCACCAAGCGUGCGAAAUCUCAUCGAAGAGACAGCCGGUGUCCUAGAGAGAAUCGGAGCAACACCAAGUCACAGAAGCGGUGCUUCUGUGCUUUACGGGAGAUUCUUACGUGAAUUGAUCCGACGUGCACCGACCUUGCCUCUACAAUCCCGAGGCAACCCAGACAGAGUCCAUCCACCUGAGCCAGCAUUUCCGUCUUCAUGCCUGGAUCAUGGUCCGCUGUCAGUAACUCUACCACCCGAGGAUUUAUGGUUUGAACCAUUGCAAUUCUCUGCCAUGUCUGAUAAUCAGAUCGUCGACGCGGUCAAUCGAGCGGGUACCGCGUUUGGUGCGUCUAUCCCGGACGUGCCUCUUGAUGAUAUGCUUAACUGGGAUUGGCUUGAUGUUGCCAAUUCGGAUUUCAAUUUUUAG